AAUAAAAUAAAAGAUGUGACUCUGUCAGUUCUGUGGACUCUGUGACUGGAAAAAUAAAAAAAUCACUGUCAUGCAUAAUUCUUUAAUCAUUAGUUUUUUAAAUUUUAAAGGAAAAUGAUAACAGAAGUCACGAAUAUUCUUCAUGAUACUUUCCACAACCUGAAAUCUUUCGAAUUUUUUGAUGUAAAAACACCAGAAGAUUUAUACAAGUUAUUUUUCUUUUGCCAUAUAUUUUCAUGGGCUGUGGUUUUGUGGAAAUUGAGAAAUUAAAGUAAUGCAUUCGAAACGUAUUUAUUUUUUCUUGUUUACAAACCUAAAUAAUGUUAUCAAAUUAUAAAUUAAAAGUUUAUUUUCACUCGUACGUUUAUUUUUAAAUUUUUGAAUGUGACAAGUAUUUUUGACAUACGCCUGCGCAUUGACAUUGACAAUAUUUACAUAACCUGAAUUUUUCAAAGUGUUUUGUUUACAAGUUUACAAUUUUGAAGAAACUGACUAUAAGCUGAGAUAUUUCAAUUAAAUUCGUAAAUGUCUUUAGUAAUAAUGCUAGAUAUAAUAUGGCCGAACAAUAUAUUAAUUCCGUUCACAUAGAGAAGCUAGGUCAUAAAAUAAAAGAAAUAAGAGAAAGAGGGCUUCAGAAUAUUAUAUCAAAGCUAGAUAAUGGUGCUUUAUUUGAUAAUGACUUAGCUAGAAGUAAGGAACUUCUGAAUAAGUUAUUUAAGUGGUUUUUAUUCAAACCCUGUACUAAAGAGGAGCUUGUUUUUACUUUACUCAAACGUGUCUUAAAGUCUGAAAGUGGUAAAAGUCUUAUAGGAAAAGGAAAAGAAUCUAUCACACAUGAAUUAGAACAAAUACACUUAUAUUUAGAUCCAAAAUAUUUAAAUCUACUAGAAGAGUUACUAGAGAUAGUAAAUAACUGUCAACCUGAAUAUAUAGUGCCUCCAUUGCAGUGUGAUGUACCUUUAAGUUAUCGAUCUGGUGAAACUGAAAGUGAAUUUACCCCAUAUUUGGGAACAACAGCCACAGUUGUAGAAGGAACUUUUCGAAAAGAAUCAUCAGCAGAACAGCAAACAGGUUUCCAAACGCCUUUAGAUGAUUCAUCGACAUACAGAAUCCAAGAUAAUAACUUUGUACCGGAAUCGAGUCAUUUUCCAAAUCAUAAUUUUGAAUGGCAACCUCUUAUUGAAGCAGACAGACACGUUUUAAAUUCCGUUGAAAAUUCACUUAUCAAUCCACCUCAGCCAUCAUCUCUGUUGCAUUCCUGUGAAUUUUUUCGUGAUGUUUUGUUGCAUGAUUUUCCUGCUGAAAUUUUUCUACAAAGACCUAAGAUUCUUUUGGAACUUUUUUCUUUAUUGAACUGUGGAUCCUCUCGAAUAACCAACGCCGUUUUGUAUUGCUUGUCUGAUUUAACAACUGAAUUACAGAUCCGAAUAAAUCACUGUAUUGAUGCAUCCUUGCGAAAUUUCAAAUUAAAGCAUAUUACUGAUUUAAGUUUUCCAAAUACUCCAUUAUCUGCUACAAACAGAGGAUCAGAAAAUGAAGAUGUUUUUUCUGAAAUUCGUGACAAAUUUGAAAAGAACGACGAUGUUAUUGUACUUCAAAAAAAUCAAAUUCCGACUUUAAAAUAUUGCUAUUUGUGUAUAACGUCAAUUUUUAAGUAUUUGUGUGCUAAACAUGAAGUUGGGAAAGAGAGUAAAGCAAAGACAAAUCAGAUUGCAAUAAAUAUUUGCUUAGCUUUAUUAGAAAAAAAUCUGGGACUUAUAUCUUUAUGUUUAGAAACACAAGUUGGGGACCAAGCAAGUUCUUCCUUAGAUCUAUUCAAAUUCAUCAGUGAUAUAUUUAUUUCAUAUGGCUUGGCUUUAGAACACUUCAGAAUUGAGUCAGUCUCUUCAGAUGAUAAUCUUAAAUACAGGGCAAUCUACCUCUAUUUAUUACAUAAUUGCGUCAAUGUUUUACAAAAAUUGGUUCCUAUUUCCAAAAGAUUAACAGUUUUACCUAGAAAUUUGCAAACUGCUUUAGCAAAUUCGCUAUUAGACGUCACUUUUAGCCGUUUAUAUCCAGCAGUUCAUGGCAUGAUUUUAAAUUACGUCCAGAAUUUUUCAAUGGACGAGGACAAAUCCCACUUGAAUAAAUACGAAGAAGUUAAAAAGAUAUGCCAAGGAAUGUCAUCCACUGUUAAAUUUCUUAAAGAACACAAAAAUUUGAAUGCCGUUGAAAAUUUUCGAUUGGCAAAUCAAGCUUUAGCUAGUGUGGAAUUCCACAAAGAUUUUGACUUUUUAAAAGUUUACGUUGAUCUCUGUAUUGAGAAAUAUUCUCAUAUAUCAGAUAAUUCAAAUAUAGCAGCCCUCGUAGAAGAAACAACUCUCAGUCUAUUGAGCCAUGAAAUGUUGGAUAUAAAACAGGAAAUGUACAGAUUGUGCCACAAAACCGUGGUUUCUUAUAUUGGACCAAAAUUAAAUGAUACUACCGGAACAGUAGGCUCUCAAGUUCAGUUUUUAUUAACUUCAAGAACUCUUGUAGAGAUUGCUUCCCAUGGAUUAGACAGCGAAAGCUAUGAAAUACAAAAAUGUGCUUUAGAUAUCCUAAUUUAUAUAUUGAAAUGUAAAAUUCUCGUAUCAGAAUCGAUUUGGAACAAAAUAAUUCAAGCAUUAAUUCCAUCGCUGCCAAUAAUUGCGUGUCAAGUAUCAAAAAACUGCAUUCUUUCCAAAUCUGUUGCAUCAUUAGUUGAUCCCGAUAUUGCUAAGCAAUCCUCAUUACCAACUAUCUCAAUGUUAAAAUCCAAUAUUGAAUUUUUGUUCCUCGACGAUCCAUGCCUGCGAGAAGAAGCGUUUUCACGAAUUUGUUGGUUACUUUCGUCUCAAGAAAAAUCUAGAGAGUUAUUACCAGGGUUCAAUACGUUAUAUGACACCUCUUUAGCAGGAAUUUGUAAAAUUAAAAAAGUUUUAGAUGUCAAUAAAAUUAGAAGAACGGAACACUUUUAUCAGCCAAGCAGUUUACAUCAAGUCCUAGAAGUUAUAAAUUCCUGUAACGUCGAACCUGUCAUAAAAAGAUCGGCUUUAAAUCAAAUAAGUGUAAUGAUGGAAGAUACUUUGUUGCAUCAAAUUUUUCUGGACUCCAACGGUCUCAAUUUAGUUAUAAAUGUUAUGAAAAGUUCUUUGACUGAAAAGGAUUACAGAGAUUAUCCCGAUUCAAUCAUUCCUGUAAUAUCUGUAAUGAAAAACUUGUGUUUGUAUAACGGGAUUGUUAGAGAAGAACUGAGCGGGAAUGUAGAGGUGUUCUAUUUUAUUUUAAGAGGUCUCUUUCUAUUUUUUACUGAAGACAGGCUCAAACAAGAUGCCACUAUACUUCUUUUUCUAUUGAUUUUUAAAGAUUUUAUUUGGGGUAGUCCUUCCCGAGCUAAUUUCAGUCUUCCAAAAAUAGUGGUUGAAAACACUAAUCUACCGUUUAUUUGUAAUAGCCAUUGGAGCGUUAGUGAAUAUACAAAAUGCAGUUUACGAGAUAAAAUUGCUGAAGACAGAUGGUGUCUCAGUUCCAUCCAAAUACAGUGGAACGCUGAACUUUUCGGAGGUUUCGAUCAGCUGAUGAAAUGGGAGGAAAUUAUAUACGAGGAUCAUUCUAGUGUAUAUAAUUUUGUAGAUUUAUUAAAAUUGACGAAAUAUGAUUUGAAGUGUAUUAAACAUUCGUCUAUUAACUAUUGUAUUUCGAUAUUUUUAACUAAUAUUCAGAAUGCUACGUCACAUUGCACUGUUGUGGAAUCUAUAGAUCUUUUAACUUUAUACGUGAAUCUGUAUAAACUCUUUUCCAAGUUCAACGAAUCGGAUGGCACGGAUAAUAUUCUUACCCACUCUUGGGAAAAAACGUUCAUAAGAUUUUUGAAGAUUCUUCCCUCUUGUGAAGACGAUAUUACCGUAUUAAAACGAAUUAUUCAAUUUCUGGGCGUACUCGUGACUCAUUACGCUCCUUUAGCAAAUGACUGCUGGAUAACGUCGUUUUUAAAAGACAGUUCUCAAUGUCUGUUAGAUAUUUUGACGGUUGACGAUUCUACAGAGGAUAACAUAAAAGCGGUUGCUCAAGAAUUGUUGAAGCUAAUUGCGGUUUGUGUAAGACAAGAACAGCACUAUAUGGAUUACUAUCCGCCUCAUCAGACCACUGAUCGAAAGUCUUGGAUUCAUAUAAUUAAAAUUAUAGCUGAUAAUAUAAAAAAUAGUGGCAGACAACAUUUUUAUAACCUAGCAUAUUUGGAUUCUUUAUUAUCUUGCCUAGUACAUCUCACUGCGACAUUGGGUUGGAGUGAAAAUAAAGCCGGUUCUACGCUGAAAGAUCCCUUACCGCAAAUGAUUUUAAAUCUAUGCGAGUUAGUUCGAUCAUUUCAUUCUGGAAAAGGACCUUCAGCUGCUGUGUCUGUUAUGGGAUUAAGCAUUACAAGGCAUGUGCUGUUGGUACUCAAUCAUAUAUUGGCUGAGGUGCAAAAUUCUAAAAUGAAGGGUUGGGAGUCAUGUUUCUUUGACGAUAUCGAUAAUAACGACCCCAUGUACAGCUUCAUAGCUUUGUGGGCAAGUCGGGACAUUGUUCUAAGAGCAGCUUCAUUGCAAUUCUUCGCUGGAUUAACGUCUUCCCCAAGAGCUGCGAUUGAAAUAGUACAUGAAAUUAAAAGCGAAAACACUUCUAUUUGGGAUCUGGCAUUAAGGGUUCUCAUAGAUAAUACCGAAGCAAGUGCUGUUAGAGAAAAUGCUGCCGAAUUACUCGCAAAUUUGGCGGCGCAAUCAACUCCUUUAGGCGUUGACAAAUCUAAUUGUGCAAAUUUUGCACUUAAGAAGAGCUCCACGAUGACACUAUUUGAUAUAAUUGAUCAGUAUGACUUCUAUUCAACUCUAGAAAUUAUAUUUUCGGAAUUAUACAUAAUUAAUAUAUCUUAUAAAAGAGUUAAAAACUUGGAUAAAAAAUUGACGUGUUAUUCUGAAUCCGAACAGUCCUGGGGUAGUUCUACGGAAGAAAGUGUAAAUAAUUUGGGCGUGUCUACACCGAGUUUGGUUAGAGCUGUUGGAAAUUUGUUGUAUAAUCUGUUGUUGCUGAAUCCCGACGUUAGUCAAAAGAUGCAAGAUCAAGGUCUUGUAAAAUUAUUUUUCAGAGCGAUGUGCAAUCCUUGUAUGAGUAUUACAAACACUAGAGAAUUGUCUGUAUAUUGCGAUAUACUUGAAAUGGACGCCACUAUUUGUUCAGUACUGAUCCGAUUAGCUAGUUAUAAUACAGCUUGUUUGGGAACAAUUUUGCAUACCAAGGAUUGCUUGAAUACUCUAAUUUCGUUAUUAAAUCCAACAGUGUUCCAUAUGAAUUUACCCCAGUUAAUUUACCUUAGAAAUAAAUUAUGGACAUCAAUUUAUAAUCUACUUUCAACGCUUAUCGAAUUUUGCAGCCAAUCUGAAGACCUUUUAACUGAUAGGUCAAUAGAAGUGGUGGAUAUUCUUUCUGGAACCAUUACGGAAUUGGGACAUAGCCCUUUUAUCGAAAGCCUUUGUGAAUCUAUUAGUAAUUUGGGCACACACGAUCUGCAAAAUUCGGCUUUGAACUUUUUGACUUGUCUACUACGAGUAGAAUCAAUUAGACACUUCACCGACAGGAUGCGUUCGAAAUCCAUACAGUCUUUACUAGAUAAUGUCAAAACAACGCGCAGCGUCAUCUUACUAGACAACAAAACCAGUACAAAAUCAGCCAAAUCAAUGAAAAAAUCAUUGGAAACGCAAAAAAUGAAUAUUCUAGAAGAGAUUUACUUCGGGAAAGUGUUUGUUAAACCCGAUGAAAAUGUUAACGAUGACAUAGAAGUUAGUAUUAUUGAAAGUAACGAUGACGGAUUAAUAUCGGGGGCUGAAAUUUGUAAAAUUCUCUUAUUCUUAUACGAUCUCAGCAAUUUAAAAGAAACCAAUAAUUAUUCCAAGAAAAAAGGUUUGCUUACCAAAGCUUUGUCCAGCCUUUUGUGUAUUUCUAAAGAAGCCAAGAGAUAUGCUUUAGAUAAAAAUCUGGUGCAAUGUAUAAUAAAGCAAUUUAGAGAUUUUCACAUCCGGUUAAGCUUAGAAUCAGUGGAAUGUCUGCGAAAAGCAUCAGAUAAAAAACGAAUAUGUCCCAUGCUGAAGGAAGUAGACGAUUUGGUAUGUCUAAUGACCAAUUUUAUGGUCGAAGAUGAAAGAGUAAAGGUUGAAGCAGCUUCCAUAAAUUUAGCGGAUAUUAUUCACAAGUUAUGGGUUUGGUUUCUGGUACAAUCUGGUAUUGGAAUGCUCACAAACGUUCUUAAAAUGAUAUGCACUUAUACCAAUGGUUGUGACUUAGCAUGCCAAACUUUACCCCUAACCAGCCCGAUACCUGGAGGCGGACCCAGAAAAUCGUCAGGAGUGGUUUCUCUACUGCAUGCGAUAAUAGCGUUAAUCAACAAACAAAUGGAGCAAAUAAGUAGAACGCACGAUUUAAAUGUUUUGGAAAUAUCUUUUAAUAUAUUACACAACGCUUGUCAGUCAUCCUUGGAAUGCAGAGUUUUAAUUUCAAAAAGCAACAUUUUCCAAAGUAUAUCACGCCUUCAUCCAGCUAUUACAAAACGACAAAAGCCAUGGGAAAGAAUUGAACUGCUCUGGUUGGACUUUUUACAAAGCUUUACCUCCCAUCCCGAAGGUCAAGCUUCCAUAGCUAAAGUUUCGGAUGUUUUAGAUUUGGUUUUUUCACUAACAAACAGUUCUAAGAUGAAAAAUAAGUUAAUGGCUAUGUUGGUGUUGAGAAAUAUAUCUUUUUACCAAAGCAAUAAAGCCAGAUUGUUAAGUUCAGCGGACUUUUUAAAUGUACUACUGACCAAGCUGACUUCUGGAAGCGAAGCGGAAAAAAAUUUGGUGGUGAUAAUGAUGUGGGCCUUGGCUGCCAAUAGUCAGAAAGCAAAAAACAUUUUUAAAAGUGUACAUUUAGACGAUAAACUUCAGAAUAUCUUGAAACACUAUCAAUUAAUUAAAAAUCAAGAUGGGUUUUUAAAGACUGAAGACAUUGAAAGGAUGUCUUAUGUUUUAAAUAUUUUAAGAGACAAUAAUGAUAAAUGUAGGUGACUGAUUGUAUUUACUUGUUAGGUUUUUAAUCAAUUUUAUA